UAGUCUCUCCCAAGAAGAAAAACAACCACACAGAAUCGACGAAGAUAAAGCAACCAACUGGACCAAUUAAUCGUUUAUGGAUAAAAAAAAACACCCAACAAACCAUUAAAAAAUAAAUAAACUUUCGAACUUGGAAAAUCAUUUUUCAUAUUUUCGGAAAUCACAUGAAUCAGUGUUGUAAAACGGCCACAAAAUUAUAAAUUUCGGUGUGCAAAAAUAGCAAAGAAAAGCAAAAAACAAAACAAAAUUCAAAUAAUAAAAAAAAGACUUUAAAUAAAAGCAAAUAAAGUCGCUAAUAUAACCAACACUUGCUAACAACAAACAACUAUAACAACAACAACAAAAACAACUACAUCCCAACAAAAAAACAACAACAAAAACGACGAAGACGACGGCCCCCGGACAAAAAUCAAUUGAAAAAUUGAAACUUAUGGAUUGCUGGACGGGUAACGCCCGACUGGCGAGUGUUUUAGUUUAAGCAGCGUAAGCUGUCACCGACAUGGGCAGUGAGCACUACUGCUUGAGGUGGAACAAUUACCAAUCCAACCUGUUAGGGGUGUUUAGUCAAUUACUACAAGACGGGAGCCUGGUGGACGUCACAUUAGUUUGUUCAGAGGGCACAUCCAUCCGAGCCCAUAAGGUGGUCCUCUCGGCUUGUUCCUCGUACUUCCAGAGCCUGUUCCUGGAGCACCCCGAAAGACAUCCAAUUGUGAUAUUGAAGGACGUCCGUUUUGCCGAGCUGCAAACCUUAGUUGAAUUCAUGUACAAGGGCGAGGUGAACGUGCAAUAUUGUCAGUUGUCCGCGCUGCUCAAAACAGCCGAAUCCCUCAAGGUCAAAGGCCUCGCCGAGAUGACAAACCAGAACACGACGCUGCGCGAGCCGGAGCGGGAACCGGACCGCCUGCGUCCUCAGGGCGGCGGCGGUGGCAGCGGCGGUGGCGUGGCCUCAGCCCACAAGGCGGCCGACAGUCCGGCCACGGCGCUGGACGCCACAGCAGCAACUCAGGCGGCGGCAGCAACGACGUCGGCGGCCACAGCAACUGCCACGGCAACAGCGGCAGCGGCAACAUCAACCUCAACCUCAGCCACAUCUGCAGCGGGGGCAGGAACAGGUACAGGAACGGGAACAGGAACAGGAGCUACAGCCACAUCGGCAGCGGGGAGCAGUAGCAGUACAACCACCACCAGCAGCAGCAGCACCAGCACAACCACAUCCUGUGCCACAGCAGCCACAUCCACAGCAGGAUCAGGAGCCGCUGCUGCCACAUCUGCAACAUCCGCGGCAGGAACAGCAACAACCGCCGAAGAGGCCACCUCCUCGUCAUCCCUGUUGGGCCAGAAACGGGAGGCCAGCGACCACAGCAGUCCCACGCCCGCCAAGCGCUCCUCGCGCCACCAAGACACCUCCUCCGAUGACGUCCUGGACACUCACAGAGUCAAGGACCAGGUGCAGCCGGCCGACGAGCUGCUGCAGGAGGAGCUGCUGGCCGGUGGCCGAAACGAGGAGGACGACGAUGCGGUGGAAGAGGUGGAGGAGCUGGAUGAGAACGAGGAUUUUGAGGAUGCGCUACGAGAGCAGGAACGGGAUCCAGAGCAUGAGGAUGACGAGGAUGAGGAGGACACGCCAAUGCCGUUAGAUCUCUACCACAGGCCUGCCGUUGAGGCGAAGGUUGCAGGUUCCAACCAGAGCGGCAGCACCACUAGCAACACCAAUGCCACCACCACCCGUAACAUCAACAACAACAACUCCAGCAGCAACAACAAUAACAAUAACAGCAACAACAACAACAACACGAGCGGACGCAAAGCUACCUCAGCCAGCAACGGUGGUGCAGCAGUAGAAUCCAGCGGUGGAUCCGUGGUGGCCGUCGACGAUGAUGACGAGGACGAGCAGCAGCAGCAGCAGCAACAACAGCAACAGCAGCAGCUGCUCCACCACCAUCAUCACCACCAGUCUCACCACCAUUUGCACCACCGGGCGAGGCGGGACAACGAUCGUCUGGCGCAGGAGCAGGAUGAGGAGGAUAUGGACGACGAUGUGGUGGUGGUGGGCAGUGCCACAGCCACCGUGGUGGCCAGGGGCAUUGCCCAGCGGCUGGCCCACCAUCACCAGGGCUUGCGACUGCAGCACUCCGCCCACGUCCACCAUCCGCACUCGCAUCCCCAUGCGCACCACCACCUGGUGGACGAGGACGACGACGAGAGCCUGCCGGUGAUCGCCAAGACGGAGAUCCUCGACGAGGACUACGACGACGAGAUGGAUCUGGACGACGACGACGAGGCGGAUAACAGCAGCAACGACCUCGGCCUCAACAUGAAGAUGAGCGGAUCCGGGGGCGGUGGCGUGGACCUGUCCACAGGCUCCACCCUGAUACCCUCGCCCCUGAUCACUCUGCCCUCCUCCUCGACAGCGGCGGCGGCGGCAGCAGCAGCGGCUGCAGCUGCGGCGGCGGCUGCCGUGGAAUCGGCUAGAUCCACGCCAGCGGGCUCUGGAGCGGGCAACACGGCUGCCGACUUGAGCAUCAGCGGCAGGCCAUCGUCGAGGAGUUCGAGGGAUGGCGGCGGUAACGACGGCCGGGGAGCCACCUCCUCCUCCAGCCUGCUGAGUCCCGGAACGGUGGCCAAUCUCCUGCCUGUGCAAUCAGUACCAUUGAGCUUGAAAAAGGAGAUCGAUUGCAGCGAGGACGACAGCAGCAGUCACAGUAGACACAUGCAACAGCGUUCGGCAUCAGCUGGCGGCGGCCUGGGCGGCGACCUUGACUACCGCGCCUCCCACGAGUCGCUUCUGCGGAACUUCAGCUCCCCGAUGAGCGCCAUGGCGGCCAGCAGGUGCCCCACGCCCUUCGCCUUCCCCUUCACGCCCCUGGGCCUGAGCCUCUUCGACAUCGAUCCGUCCAGAAUACUCAGCCUUCUCCACCACCAGACCUGGCUGGCCGAAGAGGCCCUCCGGACCCGCGGCUUGCUGGCAGCGCCAAAGGACUUUCCCCACCGCUUCACCACCCUGAGCGACCUGCUGACCAAGGACUUUCAGCCGGGACAGCCCAACACGACCGCCACGGCCACCGCCACCACAGCCACCUCCUCGUCCUCGUCGGCGUCCGCAUCCGCCGGAAAUCCGGCCGGGAAGCAGCCCACGGGAUCGUUCAACCUGAGAUACCCCACCCCGACGGCCUUCUAUCAGCGCGAGCCGUCCAAGGUGGCCAAGUCCUCGCCGUCGCCCCAGCAGAUGGCUACCAGCUCCACCACCACGGGCCUCUCGAACGAUUCUGGCGAGGACUCCUGCAAGCGGAGCUCCGCUGACAGUGACGAGGUGACCAUCGUAGAGCUGCCCAGCGAACGCAGUGCCCAGCUCUACAAGGAGUCCCUGGAGCAGCUGCUGCAGCGCCAGCGACGAACCCCCAUUCUGGGAGGCGCCACAGGCGCCGGGUCGGUCAUCGUGGACGCCACCGGCCUGCGGCAGUACACCCAGCUUCUGUUGGCCUCGGGCCAGGCGGAGGCCAAGGAGAAGGGCACCUCCUCCUCGUCCAGCUCCUCCACGCCCCCCCUGAUGAACCACCAGCACCUCAGCCAGAUGCUGAAGAGCCCCUCGGACACCUGCUCCUCGCUCUUCAGCUCUGGCGGCGGAGGUGGCGGAGGCAGUUCCACUGGGGAAACCAUCGAGGAGGAGACCCGCUGCGUGGUGUGCAACGCCCAUUUCCCGAACGUUUGGCUGCUGGAGCAGCACGCCGCUCUGCAACAUCCCCACGUGGGGCCCGGCGAGGAGAAGCCCUUCAUCUGCGAGCAGUGCGGGCAGUCGUACCGCUACCGGAGCGCCUACGCCAAGCACAAGGAGCAGAACCACCGAGCCAGGCUGCCGGCCGACAAGCUCUUCACCUGCGACGUCUGCGGGAUGCAGUUCCGCUACCUCAAGAGCUUCAAGAAGCAUCGCCUCAACCACGCCCUGGAGCGUCUGCACGGCAAGAAGAGUGUGGGCGUCGGCGUCAACGUGGGUCUGGGCCGCUCCCUGACGGUGGCUGCUCCCACUUCCGUCUCCGUGUCCGCCUCCGCCUCGGGCGGGUCGUCGGUCACUUCGGUGGACCAGGACGUGGUCACCAGCUCGCAGGAGCCGAUGUUGGCCGACGAGGGCGAGGACUUGCGGGUGAACGUGAAGAGGGAGGGCACCACCAACAUUCCCACCACCAACUCGGAGACGGGGGAGCAGUCCUCCCGCGAGUCCCGAGGCACAGCCGACAGCGAGGAGCACGAGCAGGACAACACUGUGGACUCGGCCGGCAUCACGAUGCUCUACCAGGACAACAACUCCUCCGCCUCGGCCUCCACCAGCGCCACCGAGCCGAACAUAAGCAGCUCCGAUGGCAUUCAUAGUACAAACAAGCGGGCCCGCCUGCACCACUUGGAAACGGAUCCCUCCUACCCCCACCAGCAGCACCACCAACAUCCACACCAACACCCACACCACCACCACCAUCACCACCAUGGGCAGCAACAGCCGCACCACCACAGCCAGCCCGGCCAGCUGCCGCCGCAUCUGGGGCACGUGGCACUGCCAUUGGCCGCCACCUCGGGCGCCGGGCCGUCGUCCUCCUCAGCGGCCGCCGCAGCCGCUGUUGUGGCCGCAGCCGCUGCCAACUCCGGAGGAAGUACGUCUGGAGGCGGAGCAACCGGCGGCGGAGGCGGUGGCGCCACGGGACCAAACUCAGGCGGCAUCAGCUCCCUCAGCUCGCUGACGUCGCUGAUCAACGCCGAGCGGAUACCGAACGAGCAGUUCCUGGGCCUGAAUCCGCAGGAGGCCUCAAUACUCAACUUUUUGCGGGUCGAUGCCGCCGAAAGGCAGCGCGACAAGAGGCCCGCAACUUCGCGUUUCGCCUGUCCCUUUUGUGGCAAGUGCGUCCGCUCCAAGGAGAACCUCAAGUUGCACGUCCGCAAGCACACCGGCGAACGGCCGUUCGUGUGCCUCUUUUGCGGCCGGGCCUUCGGUGGCAAGUCGGACCUGACCCGCCACCUUAGGAUCCACACCGGGGAGCGGCCAUACCACUGCGAGUCCUGCGGCAAGUGCUUCGCCCGGGCGGACUACCUCUCGAAGCACCUCACCACCCACAUUCACAACGCCCCGCGCUGAGAUGAGGCGCGUAGGAGGCGGCUCCUACGCAGAUAAGGAACCGGCUUCAGGAUCAAAAACUAAUCUAUUAAAACCUAAAAUUAUGAGAUAUCUGCGAUUCUAGAUUCGAUGUAAACUUUAAAAAUUAUCGCAGUAGUUGGAACUAUUUUUUUUUUUUUGUGUGGUGCAAGCUAGAGAAGAAAAAAAAAACUAAAUUACGGGCAACUAAUUAGCACGGGUAUUAAAGUGUUUAAGAAGAAUAUACACCUAACUCUCUUAAAAUAUAAAAAAAAAAAAGAAAAAACAAAAACUAUGUGUGUGUAAGGACUAAACAAUUAUAAUUAUCGUAGCACAAAAUGAAUUUUUUUUUUUUUUGUAAAAUUAUACUAAUUAAGUGCAGAUUCGAUGAUGAAUAAUUUAAAAAAAUGAAUGAAAAACUGACCGAGAACAGCCACAAAACCGAAAUAGCAAUAAACAAGAUAGUCUGUAUUUUUUACCGAAAGGAUGAGGACGAGGAGAAUAUCUGCCGUUUAUAUACACAAUAGAUAAAGUAUAUAUGUAUAUAAUUUUACACCGAUCUAUAGACGCUAAACUAGCAACAAUUUGUACAAAAACAAGCGAGAGGAAACUAACUAGCAAAGAACUAUAUGAAAAAUGCAAUAACUGAACGAACUCUGUUACCUACCUACAGGAAAGAAACAAAACAAUAAACUAGAAACGCAACUUUAGUUAAUUCAAAAAACAAAAGGGGUAGAUGGUCACACUAAACCGGACACCGGACACUUGAAAACUGUACUAGCUGCAAGCAUUAUUUAUUCUUCGGUUGACCGAUCUACAAGACAUAUGUUCAGGAUGGAUGAGUUAAUAGGCGUUAUAGGUAUUUGUAGAGCUAGGAGAUACGAAUAGGAUCUACCACCGUCAAUAGUUUAAUUUAUAUACAAAGCAAAGCAAACGCAAAUCAAAACUAAACUUACAUAGCAACAAUUAACAAUUAACAAUAGCAAUUACAACUGCAAACUGCAAACUGCAACUACAACAACACAAAACUAACUGUGAUC